AUGAUCUUGACACGUCCCAACAUUGCUUUUGCCACAGGAAUUCUGGCCCAACAUGCCGCGAACCCAGGUGACGAACACUGGUUAGCAGGAAAACAAGUGUUACAAUACCUGCAGGGAACAAAGGGAGUGGGGAUAGUAUACCACAGAUCUGGGUCGAAAAUUGUUGAGGGAUACGUAGACGCGGAUUUUGCAGGAGACAAAAACACGAGUCAAUCAACAACUGGCUGGAUGUUUCGGCUAGGUGGUGGAAGUGUCGCAUGGUCUUUGAGAAAACAACCGACGAUCUCGUUGUCAAGUACAGAAGCUGAGUACGUAGCAGCAUUGAGUGCCGCACGUGAGCUUGUGUGGGUCCAACAAUUCCUGAGUGAACUCAAAUAUACUCCCAGAGGAGCGACAAUCCUACACACUGAUAAUCAAUCAAGUAUGGCUCUAGCACGAAACCCUUCCAAUCAUCAGAACACCAAACACAUACGGAUCAAACAUCACUUUAUUUGCGAAAUGAUUUCACUCCGUGAACUUGAAUUACGAUAUAUUCCAACCGACGAACAAAUCGCCAACGUACUCACUAAGCCACUUGGUCGUUUGAAGUUCCCCGGUUUUGUUUCUGGUCUGGGUAUGAAGUGA